GGUCGGCACUUUCUCCCUCCUCAAAUAAGCGCAGGACCUCUGUCACAUCCAUCACCUUCGCCGUUACAAUCACCAUCACAAAUGGUGUCACCAAUGAUUCCAAAACAGGUGUCGCCACCGCCUGCAGCGGAAGCGGAAACGCAAUGGUGGAGCGUUGCUAAACAAACGGAAGUGAAAUAUCCAGUGCCACACCCGUUAUUAUUUAGUCACGGAAGUGCAACAGAUAGACAAUACCAGGCACACUUGGCGUCGUUUCUACAAAAUAUAAAACCUAUUACGCCUGCGCGACGCUGCAGACGUUGCAGAUGCCCGAAUUGCCAAAACCCAUCAAAUAAUGACCCAUCGAAAAAGAAAGUGCACGUAUGCCACUUUCCUGGUUGUGAAAAGGUUUAUGGGAAAACAAGUCACUUGAAAGCUCAUUUACGUUGGCAUUCCGGGGAGAGACCAUUUGUAUGUAAUUGGUUGUUUUGUGGGAAAAGUUUCACGCGCUCGGACGAAUUACAACGCCACCUACGAACACAUACGGGCGAAAAACGUUUCGCUUGUCAAACAUGUGGCAAAAGAUUCAUGCGAAGUGAUCACCUCAGUAAACAUGCAAAAACUCAUGAAACCAAACGACAAAAGACAAAACAUGAGGGAGACUCCGAUACGGAAAAUAACGAAAAUGUCCGCCCAGUGCCACGGACAAAUACGGAAACUGACGAUGAGGAUUCGGAUAUUGACGUAGAAUUUGACGAUUCGGAUGUGUCCGAUAUAUAGUCAAGUGAUAGAAAAUAGUGCUUGUAACACGAAUUUUAUGAUGUGCCCAUAAAACUUCCAGUCUGUGAUUCUUUAAUAAGAUAUCGAAGGAUGCUGAUGUACAAAUCAAAGUUAAACUUCAACACUUUUAAGUUAUCAUUUACUAAUAUUUUGAUAUAACUUUAAUGGUAAUUGUUUUUAGAAAAUGUAUAUGAAAAUGUCUUUUUUAGUGCUAUUUUGUUUAUGAAAUCAUGCGAGACGUUUGUUUUGUUUAUGUUUUAAAGUGCAUG